AUGGCUGUGGCAUCAGUCCCGAUAACACACGGCCGUCAGAGCAUGCUGAGACCGGUCGCAGCACUGAACGGUCGUGUCUUCGACACCGACCCCGUCAUCGCGUACAUGCUUCUAGGCAUGUCUCAGCAACAAAGGUUGGCUUAUCUGCCGACAUACUGGACCACGCUCAUCAGGUCAGCCUUGCUUAAUGACGCAGUGAUAACCGAAGCCGAUAGCUGGAAGUCGGCAUCUGUCCUGAUUCCACCGGGUGGAUACAUUGACAAUGUCUGGACCCUUCUGUGGGCUGGAUUUCUAGGCGUUCUUUGGAAAAUGGGACUGGCAGGCAUUAAGCGUCUUUGGGAAUUCUCCGGUAUGAUCGACAACGCGAAGAGAAAGGGUCUACGUGGACAGAGCCGAUACUACUACGUCUUCAGCCUCGGAACCGAGCACGAACACCGUGGAAAAGGCCUCGCCAAAGCCAUCAUGCAGGAUUACCAGCAGACCGCUCAAGCUGCGAACCUCCCGAUCUGGCUCGAAGCAACAACUGCAGGCUCCCGUGCUCUCUACUUAUCGAUUGGAUUCGGGGAAAUCGAAGAGAUUCGGCUCGGGAAAGGCAAGGUGGCUGCUGACACAAGCCUUCAGUCUGGGGGGCCAGGAGUAUCUCUUUGGGCGAUGGUAUGGUGGCCAACCCCAACUCCUGAAGCUACUUCCUAG